AUGCCUCACCUGUAUAGAAGUUCACAGAGUCCAAGUCUGCCUUAUCUACUUAGUCAAAAGAUUAGAAACAUAACUGGAGAAAUAGAGACCAAGCCACUCAAGCCAAAGUCAGAUGUGAAUAUUCUGUCCAUUGAGAAAAAACAGGUUCACUCAGAGAAAUUGUUCAACCUGGUUUGCUUCAGCUCUAGAGGAUUCCAGAAUGAAACAUCAGAAGAAGAAACCUUCAGUUCAGAAAUUUUAGAUGAAGAAUUUUAAGUGUUUCCUUAGUAUUUUUGUUAUAGCUUAUAACAAUAAUUUUUCAAUAAUGUAUAGCUUAAUAGUAUAAGUAAUACUAUACUUGACAAUAUAA